AAUCGGAAUGAAGCUAUAGCGUAAUAAAAAAUGUAUAUAAAUUGAGUUUGAAAGGUUUAGUGACAUUUAUAAUUAGUCAACGACCUAAUUGAGGAAUAUAAUACUAGUUAGUGAUUUUUCAAUUUAAAAAUCGAGAGAGAAAAUUACUUUAGCCUUAUUUACUAAAAGACUAUGGAAGGAGAGUAUCUUUUGACUUUAUUUAUAAUGAUUAAAUAACCAAUAAAUUUGGUGACGACUUUCCUAAUAUAAAUAUUAUAUUGUAAAAGAAAUACCAUGGACGGUUUAUAUAUCGCUGUUGUUUGUUCCUCUAAUAUGAAUAGGAGUAUGGAAGCACAUGCUUUCUUAGCCAAAAAAGGUUUCAAAGUGAAAUCUUACGGGACCGGAGAGAAAGUGAAGUUGCCCGGUGCAUCCGCAGACCGACCUAAUUGUUAUGAAUUUGGUGUUCCCUACGACGAUAUAUACAAUGAUCUGUUAGAAAAAGACAAGGCUUAUUAUACCCAGAAUGGUCUGUUACACAUGUUAGAUAGGAAUCGAAGAAUAAAACCUUGCCCAGAGAAGUUCCAAGUGUCAACAGAGCGUUUCGAUGUCAUAAUAACAUGUGAAGAAAGAGUUUACGAUCAAGUCAUAGAAUGGUUCGGAUCCAAGAGGUCUGUUUACAACCAACCCGUACACGUUGUGAAUGUGGACAUUCAAGACAAUCACGAGGAAGCCACCAUAGGAGCUUUCCUGAUAAGCGACAUGGUCACUAAGAUGGCUCAGAGUGACGACUUAGACAAUGACAUUGACGAGUUACUUCAUGAAUUUGAAUCCAAGUGCCACCGACCCAUUCUGAACUGUAUCAUGUUUUACUAACAGUCACGUAGUCGGCGAUGCUACGACACUCCGCUCCCACACACACUCUUAUACACUCAAACAAAGAAUUUAAAGCCUUAAUUGAAGUGAAUGCUGUUGUUACUGAUAUUGAAUACUGAUAUUGUAUUUUUAAAUGCUUUUGUAUCUCAAUUGUUAUGAUAUAAUACAGAAUAAAAGAUAAAUUAUACUAUUGUAAUGACAA